AUGCUUUUUCUGCUGCUUCCGUUGCUGGCUGUUCUUCUCCCAGGUGGUGACAAUGAGAAUGGGUUUGAGGAGCCUGUCUCCUUCCAUUUCAGUGUAAUCGCAUCCAUUUACAACCGUUCCUGGACACAGACUCUUCUCUCAGGAUGGCUGGGUGAGUUGCAGAUUCACGGGUGGAACAGCAGCUCUGGCACCAUGAUUUUUCUACAGCCCUGGGCCAGGGGCAACUUCAGCAAUGAGGAGUGGAUGGAAUUGGAAAAGGCUUUGCAUGCACACGUUCGUAGAUUUGUUCAGGAAUUUCGCCACUAUGCUCCUCAGUUGCAAUUUGAAUAUCCUAUUGAGGCACAGAAGACAGGAGGCUGUGAACUGCAUUCUGGUGGGAAGUCUGUAGGCUUCUUUCGGAUAGCUUAUCAAGGAUCAGAUUUCAUAAGCUUCCAAAACAAUUCAUGGCUGCCAUCCCCUAAGAGUGGAAGUAGUGCUCAGCAUGUUUGCAGAUUCCUCAAUCAGAACCAACAUGAAAAGAAAAUGGUCCAGAACCUCCUCAGUGACACAUGCCCACGUUUCAUCUUGGGUGUUCUUGAGGCAGGGAAGGCAGAUCUCCAGAGACAAGUGAGGCCUGAGGCCUGGCUGUCCAGUGGCCCCAGUCCUGGGCCCAGUCAUCUGCUGCUGGUGUGCCAUGUCUCCGGAUUCUACCCCAAGUCUGUGUGGGUGAUGUGGAUACGGGGUGAGCAGGAGCAGCCAGGCACUCAGCGAGGUGAUAUCCUGCCCAAUGCUGAUGGGACAUGGUAUCUUCAAGUAACGCUGGAUGUGGACACUGGGGAGGCAGCUGGCCUGUCAUGCCGGGUGAAGCACAGCAGUCUAGGAGGCCAGGACAUCGUUCUCUACUGGGAUCAUCACAGCUCCAGGGGCUUGAUCUUCUUGGCAGUGAUACUGCUUCUGGCUCUUCUGACAGGUCUUACAUUUUGGUUUUGGAAGUGCCGGGCACGCUGUGAGCCUACUCUCUGCGCUUCUCCCUUUAGAAUGAGAAUCCAGUAACCCAGGGCCAUGGGACAUACCUGAACACAACAUGGUAAUGACAUCCUUCCAAUUGUCCUUGUAAAAAUUUGUUUAUUUCUGCUUAAUGAUCAGUUGUCAAUAUAAGCUAAAUGUAAUUUUGCAGGGCUUGUUGUUCUGACCUGGGUUCCAGAACUUUAACAUUCAACUUUUAACUCUUAAUGGAACAGGGUCCUAAAAACCUCCACGUUCAAAUAUUAAUGGAUCAUCAGGCCCAUUUCAGAUGUCAUCUCCCCUGGAGAUCCUUCUCUGAUUAGCAAGUGGAAAGUAGUUUCUCCCUCAAAUGAACUAGCACCACAUUUCAGCUGUAUUGUGUUAACUAUACUCCUCAGUCCAUAU